AUACUUGUCUUGCCUCUGCAUGAGCUAUGGAAACAGUACAUUGUGGAUCUGUGUAAUGAAUUGAAACCAGGAAGCAACCCACAGAUGAUCCAGCAGAAGCUCUUGAAAGCUGAUUUCCAUGGUGCUGUCUUAACAGUUGUCAGAUCAAAAUACCCCUCGUAUGUUGGUCUAACUGGCAUCCUGGUACAGGAACUGAAGCAUGUCUUCAAAAUCAUUACAAAAGAGGACAAACUGAAAGUUAUCCCGAAGAGGAAUAGUGUGGAGAUUGGUGAUUUCGUAACACACAUCUAUGGCAGCAAGUUUGAACUGCGCUCCAGUGAGCGGUCAGCAAAGAAAUUCAAAGUAAAAGGAACUAUUGACUUGUAAUGGGACGUUUCAAACAUCAUGUCAACUUUAACUGUGGACUCAUACUGGAGAAUUAAGAGAAGACAUUUAAUCAUUAUGGAUUUUUUUUAGCUUCCUCUUAUUGUUAUGACUCCUUGUUUUGUUAUGCUUUGAGCAGGUAUGAAACUAUAUGGGCCAUUUAGGAAAGUAGUUGCUUUUGCUUGUCCACCAGAGGAGCCCUUUUGGAGGAGAAGGGAGUAAGAAUGAAUUUUGACCUCUUCUUUCUUUUUUUUCCCUUUUUUUUUAAAUCAUACCUGCCAUUUAAUUUUUAAACAAGGUUCCCACAAACUGUUUAUUAAUGACCUUAUUAUAUCGUCAGGGGUAGGCAGCACUCCAAAUGCUACAAAAGUGCUUCUUCCUUAAAAACAUCUUCAAAACUCUUUUGUAAAUGUUGGAUGUGAUAGUAGAGCCACUCUAAGAAUGUUUAUAUUGUACAAUUAUUUCUUCAUAGUGCGAGGUAUUUAACUAGGUUAUAUAAUGUUUAUUUUCAUACAACUUUAAGUGAAGUACUGUUAGUAGCAGUUGUUUUUCAGAAUCCAGCUUGAACUAGCACCACGUCAGAUUUCAGUUAAAAGCAUUUCAAGUAAAAAUGGAAUAAGUUAUGUGGUUUUGUUUCACUGAAGUAUAUGUUGUAAUAUUUGCCCACUUGCAAAACAAGGAACGUUUUUUUCCACACUGAAACUGGGCCUGAUACUUAGUCAAGGUUUUUCCUUGUUAGUUGACUUGUAAAUGCCUCUUCUUGUAAAAAAAAUCCCUCCUUCCUGUACAAGACACAGCACCGGUUUUCUAAUUAAAUACA